AUGGAAAUAAAAUCAUCUUUCCCCCUCGUCUCCUCCGCCCUUUUCUCCCACAAUGUCUCUUUCACCACCACACAAUUCUCCAAUCCUAAUCUUAAAUCCUACAAACUAAACAAUCGAAGAACCCUAAUUGUAUCCGCACUAGGAGCCGACACAUUUGACGGAACAACACUGGCAGUCAUCGGAGGCGGCUCGGUCGCAACAAUCGCCGCCGUGAUUUCACUUGCAGACCCCGAGAAGCGCCGACAGUUGCAGGCGGAGGAGGUUGGCGGUCAGGUUCACGUUUCAUCGGGAUCGGGAUCUUUCUUUCGAGGCUAUUUGUUGAAGAAGUCUAUCAGUGAUCUGUUAGGCGCUGGUGCAGUGAAGAAGGUGUACAUGGGAUUUGAUCAAGAAGAAGGAAGGGAUGUAGCAUGGAACCAAGUAAAACUAAGAAGCUUCGGUGGAGAUCCAUCUGUUCUCAAGAGACUCUUUUCAGAAAUCAAAGUGUUACAGACAUUAGAGAAUGAAAACAUCAUUGUUCUUUAUAGUUUCUGGAGGGAUACUAAAAACAACACCUUAAACUUCAUCACAGAGGCAUGUGCUUCAGGUAAUUUAAGGGAUUACAAGAAGAAACACAAACGGGUUUCAUUGAAGGCAUUGAAGAAUUGGUCAAGACAGAUUUUGAGAGGCUUGGAGUAUCUUCAUAAUCAUGAGCCAUGUAUCAUUCAUAGAGAUCUUAAUUGCAGUAACAUCUUCAUCAAUGGAAACAUUAGAAAGAAUUGGUUUCCAUUCUAG